AUGACAUUUGAGAUCCCUGAUGUGGUAGAGUUUGUCCCCUGUGAACGCACUUAUCUUUGUCGUUGGGACGCAGGCGAAGACUUUGAUGAUGGAGUGAGUGAAGUUUCCUCCGGAUCAGGGAGCUCUUCGGACGACGACGACGAGUCCAGUAGUGAGUUUGAAGAAGCGCCUACGUUCCGUCAUUCGGAUACCACUCCCGUCAACUUUCGGUAUGGUGGUGGCAAGAAUGAUAAGUUCAGGAACAGCGACACCACGGGCACCACAGGUACUACUGGCAACACGGCCCGAGUAUCUUCUCCCCCCUCCAAACCCAAGCGAUGCUUUACCCCCGAAAUGAAUGGGGAUCGUUGGGGCAACAUCAAGAGUGGAAAGAAAGCCUUGAACUGCAAAAAGGUAUCUCAACAAUCGGGUGUCAAUAUCAAAGAUAUCAUGCUGCAGCCCAUUGAAUUCAGUGAUUUAAAGCCCGUUCCCAAAUCCAACUACACUUUGCCACUCGCAGACAUUCUCAAGCACAGCACCGCCACUGAGAAAAGUGCCAAGAGGCUUCAGGUGGAGCCAGAAAGGAGCAACACAGUGACGGCUGUCUUUUGCAUCCGUCGUGCCGGUUGUGGCAUGUGUCGAGAUCAUGGUCUCUCGUUGAGCACUCAGCUCAAGCCUAAACUGCACGAAAAAGAUAUUGAGCUCAAUCUAUUUGGAAUUGUCAAGGAUUUGGAUGGAUCCGGGGAAGGAGAUGAAACCGAACAUCGACGAGACAGAAAAGACAAGAAAAUAUCCUCCAAAAUCUUGAUUGACUUUUACAAGAACUACUUUCCAUUCCCACUCUACACAGACAAAAACUGGGACACAUUCCAGUUCUUGGGAGAUCGAAAGAUGAGCAUGUGGAAGUUGUUUCAAAGGAGCACUACUGUCCUCCAGAGGUACCAUCGCAAGAAAAUCACAAACAUUAUCAAUGACCCUCGUGGAGACCCAUUGACACAAGGAGGAGUCCUUCUCUUUGAUGCCAAUGGACAAUUGAGGUAUGUCUACUAUGAACGAUACGGAGAUGAACUCGAUCUCCAGGCACUCCAGUGGGCGGCAGAAGAUAUUGCCAAGAAUACAAAAAUCAACAACAAUAACAUCAAAAGCAACGCAGAACCGGCAACAGCGCCUCGUCUCCCACGACGUCGCGGGACAUUCGACAAAGGACUCUUGGAGGGGGCCAUCCACGGCAGAAAAGGCAGCAACCACACCAAAGGCAGCAUUAACAAAAACAACAAAAAGGGCGACACACCGCUCCAGUCGACAGGAAUCAGAAAACCACAACGCCGCGGAACGAUCACGCCUCCCAAUGGUCCGAGAAAGCCACAACGACGGGGCACCAUUGAUGACGCCGAGAAAGCGUACGAUUUGCACGCUUUGAAUUUGGCAUUCAUGGAUGACUGCACAACCACCAGCAGAACCGACCUCAUGUGUGGGUGA